AUGACUGAAGGGAAAGCGGAGACUGCAGCUUGCUUUGGACUAGUAACAAAGAGAAUCCGCAAGAUCUUCAGGCAUUUCCCUAAGUCUAAAUCAUGGUCGGAGGGUCUCCAAGUCAAGAGGCCUAGCAGGCAGGUCUUGCGAGCUGAAGACUGCAAGUACACCUGCCAUCAGGAAUGCAAAAGCCUCAUCCAGCUGGACUGCAGCCAGCAGGAAGGACAGACCCGCAACAAACCUUCGCCAGAAAAUACCUUAACCCAAAACUACUGCCAGAAUGCAACGAAAACAGUGGAAGAAGAAAAACCCCGAGCUCCCACCAUCCAAGAGCUGAAACAGAAGAUUGACCAUUACAAUUCAAAAGUCAACAACUGCUUGCUGAUGAAGCUGAGUGAUGAUGGCACUUACACAGGCUUCAUCAAAGUGCACCUCAAACUGCGCCGGCCUGUGACAGUCCCAGCAGGCAUCAGGCCGCAGUCGAUCUAUGAUGCCCUCAAGGAGGUCAACGUAGCCAACAUGACAGAAAAGAGAACAUCCUUCUACUUGCCACUGGAUGCCAUCAAGCAGCUGCACAUCAGCAGUACCACCACUGUCAGUGAGGUCAUCCAGGGACUUCUGAAGAAAUUCAUGGUGGUUGACAACCCGCAGAAAUUUGCACUUUUCAAGCAGAUGCAGAAAGAUGGCCAAGUUCUUUCCCAGAAACUCUCGGUAACAGAGUAUCCUUUGUACCUCCGACUUGUAGCUGGUCCCGACACAGACGUUCUCAGCUUUGUGUUGAAAGAAAAUGAAACGGGAGAGGUUGAGUGGGAUGCCUUCUCUAUUCCAGAGCUACAAAACUUCCUAGUAAUACUUGAGAGGGAAGAAAAGGACAAAAUCCAGCAAGUGCAGAAAAAAUAUAACAACUUUAAACAAAGACUACAGGAGGCCUUGAAAGAAGCCAACGAGAAGCCUGGAUAACAAAACCCUGAAGUGUGGC